AUGGGGAAAAAUGAAAAAAAAAAAAAAAAUUUUUUUUAUUUACUUACUUUGUUGUUGUUACUAUUAUUAUUAUUACCACCGAUAAGAAAUCAAAAAGUGGUCGGAAUACAGCAAUAUUUAGUUAGGCCGAACGUUGCCAACACGAGCGACAGUUUCCUGUCGUCGGAAAUACUCGUGGAAACCUCAAUAACGGAAGAAUUAGUUAGAAAAAGUUUAUCUCUCGAAUACGUUAUUUUACAAGUGGUCGGAAUACAGCAAUAUUUAGUUAGGCCGAACGUUGCCAACACGAGCGACAGUUUCCUGUCGUCGGAAAUACUCGUGGAAACCUCAAUAACGGAAGAAUUAGUUAGAAAAAGUUUAUCUCUCGAAUACGUUAUUUUACAAAUUUUAAAAAGGGGAAAAAAGGAAAAAAGGAGAAUGAAUGGCAUCAUUGACUGGCCAAUAAGAUUAUUAGACAGUCAAUGA